AUGAAUUUACUUGAAACAAGGAGGUCCUUGUUGGAGGAGAUGGAGAUUAUUGAAAAUGCCAUAGCAGAAAGAAUUCAGCGGAAUCCAGAGUUAUAUUACCACUAUAUACAAGAAUCGAGCAAGGUGUUUCCUGAUACUAAACUGCCUAGAUCAUCGUUGAUUGCAGAGAAUAAAAUAUACAAGUUUAAAAAGGUUAAGAGGAAGAGAAAACAGAUAAUUUUGCAGCAACAUGAGAUAAAUAUUUUUCUUCGAGACUACCAAGAGAAACAACAAACUUUUAAUAAAAUCAAUCGUCCAGAAGAGACACAGGAGGAUGACAAGGAUUUGCCUAAUUUCGAAAGAAAACUACAACAGCUAGAGAAGGAACUGAAAAAUGAAGAUGAGAACUUUGAAUUGGAUAUCAACUCUAAAAAAGACAAAUACGCUUUAUUCUCAUCUUCUUCUGAUCCAUCGAGGCGCACAAAUAUAUUGUCUGACAGAGCUCGAGACCUAGACUUAAAUGAAAUAUUUACUAGAGAUGAGCAAUAUGGUGAAUAUAUGGAGCUGGAACAAUUUCAUUCUUUAUGGUUGAAUGUAAUUAAACGGGGCGAUUGUUCACUGCUUCAAUUUCUCGACAUCCUAGAAUUAUUUUUGGACGACGAGAAAUAUUUGCUAACCCCACCGAUGGAUCGCAAGAAUGAUAGAUACAUGGCCUUUUUGCUAAAGUUGAGCAAAUAUGUAGAAACUUUUUUCUUCAAAAGUUAUGCUUUGCUUGACGCUGCGGCAGUUGAAAAUCUAAUCAAAUCUGACUUCGAACAUUCAUACUGUAGGGGAUCUCUUCGGUCCGAGGCAAAAGGUAUCUAUUGCCCUUUUUGUUCGAGGUGGUUCAAGACAUCUUCCGUUUUCGAAAGCCAUUUAGUAGGGAAAAUUCAUAAGAAAAAUGAAUCUAAAAGAAGAAAUUUUGUGUACUCUGAAUAUAAACUGCAUCGGUAUUUGAAAUAUUUAAAUGAUGAAUUUUCUCGAACGAGAAGUUUUGUUGAAAGAAAACUGGCAUUUACUGCAAAUGAAAGAAUGGCAGAAAUGGAUAUCUUAACACAGAAGUAUGAAGCACCUGCAUAUGAUUCGACGGAAAAAGAGGGGGCCGAACAAGUGGAUGGUGAGCAGAGAGAUGGUCAACUGCAAGAAGAGCACCUCUCUGGUAAAUCGUUUGACAUGCCAUUGGGUCCGGAUGGAUUGCCUAUGCCAUACUGGCUAUACAAACUGCAUGGGCUUGACAGAGAGUAUCGCUGCGAAAUUUGUUCGAAUAAAGUUUAUAAUGGGCGACGCACUUUUGAAAGACAUUUCAACGAAGAAAGACAUAUUUAUCACUUGCGAUGCCUUGGUAUCGAACCUUCUUCAGUAUUCAAGGGCAUAACCAAAAUUAAGGAGGCACAAGAGCUCUGGAAAAAUAUGCAGGGGCAGUCACAGUUGACAUCUAUUGCAGCAGUUCCCCCAAAGCCUAAUCCUUCACAACUAAAAGUUCCUACAGAAUUAGAACUAGAAGAAGAAGACGAAGAAGGAAAUGUAAUGAGUAAGAAGGUCUACGAUGAACUUAAGAAGCAAGGUUUGGUGUGA